AUGAGAACUAGACUGAAUGAUUGUCGCGAAUUGGGUUUCACUAAGGCUAUAAAAGGUCUAUCUACACGGAGAUUGAGCAAUCAUGGUGGCAAAGUUAAAGGAAUAGGAAUUAAAGUUCGAGAGACUGAACGUAUUCUACGUUUCUACAAGAA